CGAGCCCGUUGCAUUCUGGGAAAAGGAAGACCGGAGGUGGUGGCCAUAUUGUUUGAUUCCGCAGAUUCACUGGAGCAGAAAGCAACAAAAAUUCUCAUUAAACGAGCUCAUAUUUAAAAAAAAAUUACACGGGUAACCGUCUCGUAAUAUUAUACGAGGUCGCUGCAGACCGUGCUGCGUUCACAAGACCCUCUUUAGCGCUGUUAGUCGGAUUUGUUCGUGCAGAAUAUGGGUCGCUCCCGGAGUCGCAGCACGUCCCGGUCCAAACACUCGAAACACAGCCGCAGACGGAGUCGCUCCAGAUCCAAAUCCAGCAAGAAAAGGAGCAGAUCGAAGGAAGUGAAGAGGAACAGAAGGUCCCGCUCGAGGUCAGGCAGCAAGAGGGACAGAGGUUGCUCACCCCCCGACCGAACCGACAUGUUCGGCCGGACACUGAGCAAGAGGAACACCGACGAGAAGCAGAAGAGAGAAGAGGAUGAAAGGAGAGUAGAGAUAGAGAGACAGAGGAAGAUCCGUCAACAGGAGAUCGAGGAGCGUCUGAUUGAGGAGGAGACAGCGAGGCGCGUGGAGGAGCUUGUGGCGCGGCGUGUAGAGGAGGAGCUUGAGAAGCGGCGCGAUGAGAUCGAGCAUGAGGUGCUGCGGCGGGUGGAGGAGGCCAAGCGCAUCAUGGAGGCACAGCUUUUACAGGAGCUAGAGAGGCAGAGGCAGGCCGAACUGAACGCCCAGAAAGCCAGAGAGGCGGAAGAAAAAUCCAAACGAGAGGAGCUGGAGAGAAUUUUGGAAGAAAACAACCGAAAGAUUGCUGAUGCUCAGGCUAAGCUGGCUGAGGAUCAGCUCCGUAUUGUGGAAGAACAAAGGAAGAUCCACGAGGAACGCAUGAAGCUAGAGCAGGAGAGGCAGAAACAGCAGAAGGAGGAACAGAAGAUGAUAUUGGGGAAGGGCAAGUCCCGACCUCGUCUCUCCUUCACUCUCAAAGCCACAGAAUGACCUCUCUUCUCUUCUCUUCUCUUCUCUUCUCUCCUCUCCUCUCUUCGGAUGUGUGCUUCAUGUUGAAGUGAAUCGGAGUCUCAAAGAGAGGUCUGCCCUGUGCCCUGCUCUUCAUAAACCUUGGAAAAAGAAAAACAUUUGAAUCCUCACGCUUCAAAACCGGACUUGCAGGCAUCACCUCUGACUUACAGAUCAGCGGCCAUCUUUUGCUUUCUUCAGUAUGUUGUAUUGAUAUUUGACACCGUUACGCUGGAUGCACCUUCAGAAACACAGGGCAUUUUUUCGUUUUUUAACGGCAAGCAAAUAAUAAUGAAUAAGUGUACAUAUGUGUAUAUGCGUGUGCAUGGUUGGUCGGUCUAUAUAUCAGUGGUUUGGGAGCUCUGUUGGUACAAGCUCAGUCUAACUGCUGUUCUUGCGUUCAAAGAAUAGGGGAAGUACAAAAAAUCUUAAAAAAAUGUAAAUUGACAGACUUUGUUUUGUGCUUAUCAGUGAACGUGUGCUGCAGGAGUGAGUGAAAGCAUUUUGUAUUUUUUAGGUUGUGGACUGAACACCUCAAAACAUAGUUUCUAAAAUGCUGCUUAACACAUUGUUCCCAUAAUCACCAGAUAAGAACUGCGUUUAUAGCAUUGUAACCUAGAUCACAUUUGUUCUUUUUGAUGCACCGUGCUUAAAUUGCUCUUUUUUUUUUAACGUGUGGCUAGCUAACUUAUUUAGAAUUCAUAAUGCAAGCAUUUUGGUGAAAAAAGGUUACAAUGUUACAAAGUCUUGUAAUGUGUCUAGUGCUCGGUUGGUACCUUAAGGAAAUCGGGAAUCACAGGUAAGACUAGUUAGGGUGUGUGUGCGAGCGAGUUUGUGUGGGUGUAUGAGUGUAUGCUACAGGGUGUUCUUGUCUUGUGGUAAAUUACCCCUUUGCUUGUGAACUGGGACAUUUAGUGUGAUGACCAAUAAAUCCCAUGAACACAA